AUGGCUGGUCGACUUGCUAAAAACGUGACAGAGGAAUUUUUAACGUGUUCAGUGUGUUUAGAACGAUUCAAAGAUCCGCGGACGUUACCUGGAUGUGAGCAUUCAUUCUGUCUGGCUUGCUUAGCCGGACAUAUAGACAGAACCCGAUCGGACGACACAUUUUAUUGUCCAAUCGACCGGACAGAAGUCAAAGUGACCGACGACGCCAAUGAUCCUUGGAUUAUUGCAGCACAGUUCGGUGUUGAUCAAACACUCGAUGGGUUUUUACGUGUCGUGCACAAUGAUAUACGACGGAACAGCGACUGUCUUGCUUUUUAUUGCUUCGCUUGUAAGACGUUGACGACUGCAGAGGCUGCGGUGGAAGGACACAAAACAGAUGACUGUGAAUGUAUAAAGGUUUCCAAAGCCUACAAGCGAAUUUUACCGUCUCUCGUGGGCUACCGACAGGAGCUGGAAAAGAUGCUUCUUGAGUCCGACAGAUGGCGGUGGCAGAAGAACGGUCAGAUGGGUCUUACUGAAUCUCAACAAGAGGUUCUUCAACAGAUCGAGUUAUACGAGUCUAAACUUGAGACGUUCUACAUGCAGACAAAGGAAAAGGUGUCUUUGUUAAAAGGACAGGUCAUGGAAUAUGUAGUCGAACAAGACACAGGUGAGACUCUCGAUGAUAUGGAGACCGUUCGAGAUCAAAUCAAAGAUGCUUAUAUUGAUCUGAACGACGCGAUGGAUGACGAAAACAUGGAUUCACUCCUGAUGUCAUUCUCAGACAUGAAGCCACAACUCUCACGACUUCGUAAACGUCUAAACUCUACGCUCGGCAAAAGUACACGGAAGUGUAGCUUUGAAUUUGUACCUGAUCCAAAACUUCAAGAGCUUUUUCACAAUCCACUUAACUUCGGCACUUUGCAUUCUAUCGAACACUUCAAUUUCAGUGGACAUCCGGAAGAAGACGAUAAAGUUAACUUUUACGAUGUUGCCGUGAAUGAAAAAUAUAUUGUCAUUGCUGACGGCGAGAAUGGCGUCAUACGGCGAUUCCUCAUCGACGGAAGUUACGUCGACAGUAUGUCCAUCACGAACCCAUGUAGGAUCACUUUCACAGCAGAAAGCGAGAUCGCAGUCACCAGAUUCUUCAAGAAGAAAAUAACAAUCGUAUCUCUUGGUCGAAAAAUGCACGUGAAAGAUCAUAUAAAGACCAAACGACCCUAUAUUGGGAUAUGUUUCCUUAACCCGGACAAAUUCGCCACGUCCUACUACAAUGACGACGAACCAUCGGGGAUUGAUAUCAUUUCUAAAAAGGGGGAAAUUCAACACUCUCUUCUCAGUAACACUUCCGGUGCUGGAACUGAUCCACUUUUCAUUGUUCCGAUGUUCAUGACAAAAUCAUCUUCCGGUAACAUCGUCAUUUGUGACUUUUGUGAUACACGUCACGUGAUCUGUGUAAGCGAUACGCUCGCGCCUUUAUGGUGUCGUCAGGUGGAGAGUAUGCCUUGUGGAGUCACGUGUGACGCAGACACGGUCUACGUGACAUUGCCUGACGUCAAUCACGUAAUUGCACUUGAUCAAGAGGACGGCGAGAAAUUGAGGAAUAUAGUGAAGCCUACAGACGGUGUUAAACGUCCGUACGCGACAAGUGCUUGUGGUGGAGAACUCGUCAUCACGGAGGACAGCUCCGAUAAGAUUCAUAUUUUCCGUGUAUGA